GUGAUAAUGCCCAAACCAUUUACCCGAAGAUACGCUUCCUGGUCGCUGUGGUUAGCUAGCUGUCGGCACCGUUGUUUGUGUACAACCGGAAUCACAUAAUCAAUAGUGUUCAUCGAUGCAAAAACUCUAAGCCAGUGGCGGUACUAUAUGUGAACCUCCAUUCAUGAGUACCUCUGAAAGCGAAGGAGAGUUGCCCAAUGAGCAGACGGCCUUGGUAUCAUCACAAAGUCCAUCCAACUCAUUUUACAGCGAUGACUCUCUACGCCCUCGGCCAGUGGACACAGAUGUCAGAGGGGGUCUACCUGAGCGGGCGGAACGGACCCUGGAGCCGCGGUCUGCAGAGGACCAGGAGGACGAGGAGCUCACGUUUAAGUACGGCGCCAAACACGUCAUCAUGCUCUUCGUGCCCGUCACGCUCUGCAUGAUCGUCGUCGUGGCGACAAUCAAGUCGGUCGGCUUCUACACCGAGAAAGAUGGGCAACAACUGAUUUACACGCCCUUCACAGAGGACACAGCGUCGGUUGGCGAGCGGUUGCUCAAUUCUGUUUUAAACACCCUGAUUCUCAUCAGUGUCAUUGUUGUGAUGACCAUAUUCCUUGUGCUGCUCUACAAGUACCGUUGUUACAAGUUUAUUCAUGGGUGGCUGAUUCUCUCAUCUCUGAUUCUGCUUUUCUGCUUUAGCGUCAUGUAUCUGGGGGAGGUGUUCAAGACCUAUAAUGUGGCGAUGGAUUACCCCACGUUGGUGGUGAUGGUCUGGAACUUCGGAGUGGUGGGCAUGGUGUGUAUCCACUGGAAAGGUCCUCUUCAGCUCCAGCAGGCCUACCUCAUCAUCAUCAGUGCCCUCAUGGCGCUGAUCUUCGUCAAGUACCUGCCCGAGUGGUCGGCCUGGUUCAUCUUGGGGGCCAUCUCCGUGUAUGAUCUGAUAGCGGUGCUGUGUCCUAAGGGCCCGCUGAGGAUGCUGGUGGAGCUGGCACAGGAGCGCAACGAGCCCAUCUUCCCCGCUCUCAUAUACUCCUCUGCCAUGAUCUGGAUGGUAGGGAUGGCCAAGGCAUCCACUCCUGCAGCAGAGCCUCUUCAUGAAGAUACAGAUGAAGACCUCCAGCAGGUCAGUCUUGCGGACGGUGAGAGGAGCCAGGAGACCACAGGGAGGCGCAGGACAUACACUGAGGAGGAGGAGCAAGAGGACGAGGAGAGGGGAGUGAAGCUUGGACUCGGGGACUUCAUAUUCUACAGCGUGCUGAUCGGGAAGGCUGCAGCUGGCGGGGAGGACUGGAACACAACUCUGGCCUGCUUUGUGGCCAUUCUCAUUGGUCUGUGCCUCACCCUCCUCUUGUUGGCCAUUUUCAAGAAGGCACUACCUGCUCUGCCCAUCUCCAUUACAUUUGGCCUCAUCUUCUACUUCUCCACUGACAACCUGGUUCGGCCAUUCAUGGACAGCCUCGCGGCCCACCAGCUCUACAUUUAACUUUUGGCGGCCAUUUUGUUUAUGGACAUAUGCCGUGUAGAAGCCUCAGGACUGAGGUGGUUAGUUUUCCAGCACGGUUGUGCCACUGUUGUUCGAAAGGGAGGGGAGAUGGAGGAGUGUCAAUGUAUUUUUAUACUUCAAUAUUUUAGCCGAGAGUCCAGUUUUAUAUUUGGUUAUGCAUGCGAUGGCAUGAGACAGUGAUAAAUUAAGCAGCCCUGGUCCUGGAGUGACAGAAAUGUCUUUUUUUUUAUUCCUUCCCCAAAAAGAUUGCAAAGAUUAGCUUCAACUGGUAAUUCCAGCAAGUAGGAAUGAUGAUCCACCAAGUGCACGUUCACAUAAUUCAUGAAGCCUAAAAAUUGUUAUCCGUUAGUGGCACUCCAGGACCAGUGUUAGCUAUUCCUGGUGUCAUAGAUACCACCACCCUACACCAAACAGUGUUUAAAAUAGCGUGGUGAGGGCUGACCCCAGAACAGCUAUUUUAAGAAUCUGUUUGGUAAAGUGUAGUGUUCAUUACAUUUGAAAAAUACAUGUUUAGUAGUUUAUUUCCUAGUAAUGAAUGGAAAAAGGAAGAUGGUUGAAGGUUGGGUAGUUUCGGGUUUUGAAGUUUGAAUGUGUGACUUAACUCAUUCGAUUCUUUGCAAGGCCAGAAUUCUUUUCAGUACUUCACAAAAGAAAGGAAAGAUGUAGUCUGGGAAAGAAUAUUACCAAAACAUUUAAAAUAUAUUUUUAACACAACUGUAAAUGGGAUCCUAUAAACUACCUGGAAAGCAGAGCUAGAACCACAUUUGAUAAAUGAAAUGCAUUUUAUAUUCUCAAAUUGAAUCUAUGGCAUUUUUUUGUUUAUCUCAGAGCUGAAUAUUUGUGAAGAUAUAAGGUCAUGUUUUUGUUAUAUACAAUAAAGUACAUGUAUGUGCCAGUUAAGAAA